AUGCAUCAUAUACAUUAAUAAAUAAUUCUAAAAUUAAUUUAAUUUAAAAAAAGAAACUAUUCUAAAUAACUUUUAUCAUAAAUCAAUCAGGAUAAAUCAAGUUAUGACUUGUAAUUUACAUGCACACAUUCAGUAAUUAAAUUUUAAUCUCAAUCUGAUGCAAAAUUAACUUCAAAAGAAUAAUUUCUAAUUCAUGGUCUUUAAAUUUUAAAGUAAUAAAUGAUUAUAAAUCAAAAUGAAUUUAAAUUUUAAAUUGAUGGAGAUAAUUUUACUAUUAAAUUUGCUUUUUUAAGUUAUAAAACAAGUAAUAAACCAGAACGUAUGUCAGAAUUUUCAAAUUUAAAAUUUUUUAGAAUUAUUUUAGAUAUCAAAUUGAAAGAAAAAGUUUUAAUAUUGCCAACUAAAUUCAUUUUAGAUUCUUUAAUACAAACUUAAACUAAUAUUGACUUAAUACUAUAAUAAAUAUAUAAGAUAGCAGUAAUCAAUCUCCCAGAAAUAAGCGACGAACUAUAGCAUUUUAUUAUAGAUAACUCUUGAAGAUGCUAGAGAAAAAGAAAUCUUGGAUUAAAUUUUUAUCAAUUUAUCAGAAAAUAAUGAUAAAUUUGCAAUAAGUAUAAAAAUAUUUUAUUAUCUUAAAAAUAUGCUUAUAGUAUAGCGAAUACUACUGUAAGAAAAUUAUAAGACUUAAAUAAGGCGAAGCUUUAGAAAUUGUUAAAAGAGGUUAAAAAACCAAAGAAAAAGAAGAAAUUUGUCAGAAAUAAUUACAAACUUGUGUUUACGAGAAGAAGCGAUUAAAAUUAAUAACCUCUUAUGUUUAAUUUUAAUAAAAAAGUUUUAUAAAACAGAGAUAUAAUAAAUAUGAAAAUUUAAGAUCCAAUAAUUAUAGUUGA